ACAACAACCUAAACUUCCACAUUUAUUGCUUCUGCUGCUUUUGUUUCAAAAUUAAUGUGAAUACAAAUUACUAAAUUCAUAUUGUUGCUUUUGUUGUUUGAUUAAGUCUACGGAUCUGGUUGGAACAGCUAGUCAUGGAAAAUUAUGACAAGGCUUAUCUGGUUGUGUCUGGAGUGAUCUCAUGGACAAUUGUAUUCUUGUUAACUAGAAAGAUAUUCCCAAAAAGAUCAUUCGAUUUCUGUAACCGUAUUGUUUCCACGAUUCAUGCUUUGUUUGCGGUUUUCUUGUCUUCUAAAUCCGUUCAAGACUGGAGUUGCCCGGUUUGUCCCUUGGCUUCAAAUUCUUCCCCUCUUCAGAUGAGGGCUUUAGGAGUCACACUAGCUUAUUUAAUCUAUGACUUAGUAUGUUGUUUGUUUGAUAAGAAUAUAAAGAUUGAUAAUUCGGUUCAUCAUAUUAUUAGCAUCGUUGGAAUUGGAGCAGGCCUUGCUUAUGAAAAGUGUGGAUCAGAAAUGGUGGCAAGUUUGUGGAUCACAGAGAUAUCGAGUCCAUUUCUCCAUUUAAGAGAGCUUCUCAAAGAGCUUGGUUAUAAGGACACUGAUCUCAAUUUAGCAGCUGAUGUUUCAUUCGCGGUGAUCUUCACACUUGCAAGGAUGUGCUUUGGACCAUAUCUUUGUUAUGUUACACUAUCUGCCAGAAAUCCUAUUCUCAUCAAGGCAAUGGCCUUGGGACUUCAGUUAGUGAGUGCUUUCUGGUUCUACAAGAUUGCAAAAAUGGUGAAAUACAAAUUGAUUAAGAGAUCCACGUCUAAAACCAGCUAGCUCUAAUUCAUGAAUAUUGUUCAAGAUAUGUACUUUUUAAGUAUAUUUCAUGAUUUUCUACUUUUGGGAGAUAACAAAUAUGAGUUUCACUCUACACCCAAUGGAGUAGUUAUAUGUAAUCACUGUAUAAUUUGGAAAAGUUACAACAAUCUACGGAGAGAAUUGAGGAGUUAUAUGUGAACUUUUAUCUUA